CAGCUUAUUUGACGUUCGGUGAUUAUAUUUUGAUUUUCGAAUUAAAUCAAAAUAUUGUGUAUUUUAAUUUAAAUCGACGAAUUCUAUGCUUCAAUAGUAUUUUUUACAACCAUUUAUCACUAUAAUUCCCGUUAUUGGAUAUGUCAUAGAUUUUUAAGAAAAACCUCAUCCUAAUUGACCUUACAAAAGAGAAAGUUUCUGUUUGAAGAACUACAUGCAUUAAUUUCUUUAUUAUAUUAAAUUGAAUUGAUGUAAACCCUAAGAUUAUUAAAAAGCAGUUGACUUUUAAUAAUGACCCGAACAAAAGAAACUAAACUACUAAACACCGUCAACUACCAAGAUGACUCGCACAAAACCAUCCUCCUACACGGUCUGCACGCCUUAUGGCGAAAGAGUCAACUGUUGGACAUCACCCUGGUGGUCGAGGGAACCGUUUUUCGAGCUCACAAAGUGGUCCUCUCGGCUUGUAGCGACUAUUUCAGGGCAAUGUUCACCGAUAACAUGCUCGAAUCCAGACAAACUGAGGUCCAUUUGCACGGGAUCAGUGCCAAAGGGUUUGGACAACUGUUAGAAUACGCAUACACCACCCGUUUGGCAUUGAACUUGGCAAAUGUACAGGACGUCCUCGCCGCCUCCUCUCAUUUGCAAAUUCUCAAUUGUAUCGUCACAUGCUCUACCUACUUACAGUCACAAAUCGAUUUGGAUAAUUGUGUGGAUAUGGCCACCAUUGCCGAAACGUAUUCGUUAAAAGAGCUCAGGAUUAAGGUUUAUAGGUUUAUGAGUGGGCACCUGUUAGAAUUCUCGAAAACUCAGGGGUUCUACCGGUUAAGUCUUAUGCAAUUAGAAAAUUUACUCACUCUUGACUUUCCGGUGGACUGUUCGGAAGCCGAGGUGUUCCGAAUAGUGUUGACUUGGUUCUUUCACGUGGACAAUCACGAAUUUAACGGUCGCAUCAACUACGCCGUUCAUAUAAUGAAAUACGUGCAUUUUAAUGAAAUCUCUAAAAGGAAACUGGACGGCAUUUUAAACAAGUUUUUCCAGGAUCGUCCCAAAUAUCCCUGGCAAGUUUUAGAAGAAAUAAUUGGUCGGGAGUAUUUUUUGCAAACUAGUGGCCACCUCGGUUCACUAUCAUUGGGAGCUUUGUUAAAUUCUAGGGGGAUGGAACAAGCGAUAUUAAAAAUAGGCGGAUUCGGCACCUCCGGCGUGACCAACGAAAUCACUUAUUGUUUCUCGUGGCAAAAGAAAUGGAUGCACCUGACCUCGAUUCCGCACGUAGAGCAGUGCAACUACGGGACCGCGGUCUACAGUAACGAGCUCUACAUCGUCGGCGGCUGUUUCAAUCAGUCUCUGCAAGAAUACAUUCACCCGUUCGGUUUCAAAUAUAAUCCGAGGUUCAACAAGUGGUCGACGAUCUCUCCGAUGAAAUUCGAGAGGUGUCGCUUUAGCUUGAACGCGGUCGGAGGCCUUUUGUAUGCGGUGGGGGGGAUUAGUGAGGAGGAACCGUACGGCCAAUACGAGUCGAAAACGUGCGAAUGUUAUAAUCCUACGAGAGACGUUUGGUAUCCAAUUGCGAACCUCCCGAUGGGUGUGAGUCAACAUGCCGGUGCAUCAGUAGAGGAUGCUUUUCUGUAUAUAAGUGGAGGAAUAGAUCCGUACAACAGGUGCGUCUCGAAUGUCUUUUGUUUCGAUGUGGAAUUCAAAACGUGGAUGACGUGCGCCCCUAUGCUUCAGCCCAGAGCAGAUCAUGUGAUGGUAGCCGUAGGCAAAUGUUUAUACGUAUGUGGCGGGUGGACGUCAGAUGACACUAACCGAGUCCUAUUAGACACCAUUGAACGUUAUAAUCCGGAAGAAAAUGCUUGGGAGGUAGUAACAAAAAUCCCGACGCCCCGGUACCAUGCGGGAAUCUCAUUGGUCGAUGACCGGAAAAUAUACUUUGUCGGCGGUUUCCAGAGCGACACCAUGAUCGACAAAGAAACCGCCAACAUCGAAUACUACGAUAUCGAAAAUGAAAAGUGGACAACCGAGAGCAAAUAUCCCCAGGAUAUUUGGGAGCACACGAUCGUGACGCUUUGCAUACCCAAGUGCAGAGAUGACAUGGAAAUCAUUUCGUCCUCUGCUAAUUCCUUCACAUAAUAUUUACGUUGUUUAUAAUUUACGGUAAUAAAGUAUUUUUCUACAA